CCGAGUAAAUCGAAUAAUUUAUCACUCAUUCUCUCUCCCGAAUCUACUUCCCUCGACAAACCUCUUUUCUCGCCGGAACCCUAAUUUGAAUUUCCCGUAGAUGAGCGUGCGAUUAGGGAACAUCUGAAUCUGAAUGGAGGGAGAAAUAACCCCAUGGACUAUGACGAUAGUGACUUUCAAAAUCAGAAUCUCCAUUUAACUGGUGAAGCUAACAAUAAGUUUCCUCCAGUGUCUCUUCCAAGGUUUGAUUUUGACCUGAGGUUUGAUAGUUUAGUUGAAACUGAGGGUUUUCUUGGUAACGAAGAUAGUGAUUGGAUUGAGGAUUUCUCUCGUGCAAGUAGUGGUGGUGGUAUAGACUUUAGCUCAGCUGCAACGGAUUCUUGCGUCAUUUCUAGGCAUAAUAAUAAUGUUUGGUCUGAGGCUACUUCGUCCGAAUCUGUUGAAAUGCUUUUGAAUUCCCUUGGACAGGACCACCAAGUCACUGUUAAAGAGAAAUCUGGUACUUCGGAUGACCCAGGCUGCACAAUGGAACAAUUGGAGCCUGAUCACACAAACCAUGAGGAUAUUCUUUCCCAAGACGAAACAGUAAACGUACAACCCAACCCAUCUGUGGGCGAUACUCCAGGAGGCUCCUCUGUGAUUAAGACAGAUGCUGAACAGGAACAGGUCCCUGUGAAAGAUGACUCACCAACUGUUGCGCAGGAGUCCUCCAUGGAGGAAGAUAAUGCCAUUUUUGCUUCAAAUACAUUUGAUGUGGAUACUGAGGCAACCGAUAGUCUUCUUGACCAAACUGUUGCGGAAGAGUUAUCCAUAGAGGAAAAGAAUGCCGAUGUAGCUUUAACUUCUGCGACUGUAGAGGAUGUGAGUUCUAAUGUGCAUCAUAAGAUAGGAACUGAGACAACUGAUAGUCUUCUUACCGUUGCGGAAGAGUCAUAUAUGAAGGAAAAUGAUACUGUUUUAGCUUCAGUUACCAUGACUAGAGAGGCUGUGGAUACUGCUGCUCAUGAGAAGAUAGGAACUGAGACGACUGGUAGUCUUCUUGACCAAACUGAAGAUUCAUGCAUGGGGGGAAAGAACUCCGAUUUAGCUUCAGAUACCGCUACUGUUGAGGAUGUGAUUUCUACUGGGGAUAAUAAGAUAGGAACUGAGACGACUCAUAGUGUUCAUGACCAAACCGUUGCGGAAGAGGCAUCCAUGGAGGAAAAGAAUGCUGUUUUAGCUUUAGAUACUGCAACUGUAGAGGAUGUGAUUUCUACUGGUCAUAAUAAGAUAGGAACUGAGACGACUCAUAGUGUUAUGAUAGAGGCAUCCAUGGAGGAAAACAGUGUCGUUUUAGCGUCAGGUACCGUGACUGUAAAGGCUGUGGAUACUGGUGGUCAGGGUAAGAUAGGAACUGAGACGACUGGUAGUCUUCUUGACCAAACUGAAGAGUUAUGCAUGGAGGAGAAGAAUGCUGUUUUAGCUUCAGAUACCGCAACUGUAGAGGAUGUGAAUUCUACUGGUCAUAAUAAGUUAGGAACUGAGACCACUGAUAGUCUUCUUGACCAAACCAUUGCGGAAGAGGCAUCCAUGGAGGAAAAGAAGGCUGAUUUAGCUGAUGUGAAUUAUGCUGGUGAUGAUACCAUAGUAACUGAGACGACUCAUAGUGUUCAUGACCAAACCGUUAUGGUAGAGGCAUCCAUGGAGGAAAACAGUGUCGUUUUAGCUCCAGAUACCGCAACUGUAGAGGCUGUGGAUACUGGUGGUCAUGAUAAGAUAAGAACUGAGACGACUGCUAAUCUUCUUGACCAAACAGACAAAGCGAACACAGAAUCAAGGAUGGAAAUUGAUUGUGGCGACGGAACUGUACAGACUGGGGCUCCUGCUAGUGGUGAGUUGAAUAAUGAGACCCCUUUGCUUCCAGAGAUUUCCAAUGAUGAAAAUGAUAUCAGCGACCACACUGCGAAGUCUAAUUUGAAGGAUAUGGAGCUAUCUGAUGUCACGGUACUAGAAAGAGGGGACCAAGCUCUCUCUGCUCUUGAGGUAGGUGAACCAGACAUUACAGGGACCCAAUGCGGAGAUCUUCCUGUAAGCAGUGCGCAUACUAGCGCAACUGUUGAAGCAUCUUUGGAACUCGUUGGGUUAUUAACGAAUCUAACAAGCAGUGAACAUAAAUCUACUUUCCAGACUGAGACACGUUCAGAGAUACUUCGAGUUGAGACUUCAGAAAGUGUUAAUGUUUCACAAGUGGACUCAAUGGUUGAAUCCACAGAAAGUGAUGUAUCUAAGAAGAGUGACAAUAAGGAAGGUAAUUCUCGCAUAUCCGAUCUCAAACAAAGAAUGGAAUUGGCUCUCAGUGCCAAUGAUAGAGAUCCUGACGCCAAGAGCUCCGAAAUCUUAUCUGAAAGUGUUGUGUCCGAGUCUGUUGGUUAUGCUUCAAGAGACUCUGCAUCCAUGUUGGUGGAGUCAAAAUCUCAAUCUGACAUCAUUUCAGUAGACAAGUCAGGGACUAUGAUUGAUGGUAAAGAAUGUGAAGCAUUUCCUCUCAAUCCUGAAGAAUCGCAACAUCUAAGCCAAGAAGGAGCACAUAUGGUGACUACAUCUUCAAUAGAUUUACAUAUGGUGACUACAUCGACUCAGUCUAAUGAGCAAGUCAGUUUCUCUGUAAUCGAGAAGGUUUCAUCUGGCGAUCCUGAAAAUAGUCAAACUGUUCCACCUGUCGAAGCAAGUAAUACAGGUAGUUCUGUUGCACAACAACCUAGGAAGCAUAAUGAAGAUACUCAGCAAAGUACACAAUUUGUCGAAGGCUGUACUGCCUCUGAAGGGUCAAAGGAUGCAGUAGAUGCUGAUGCCGCUGGACAAGUUUUGCCUCAGCAGUGCAAGGAAACAAUUUUAGAAGAAAAUCUAACAGAAGUUGUAAACGAUCCUGAGACUCGGUCAGUUCUGGACAAGGAUGCUACAAAUGAAAACCCUAAAGCUAGCUCCUUGGCUAAUCUUCGGAGUGAAGCUGUGGCAGAUUGCCAGGAAGAGAAUAAGACUGCUGCAUCCGGUGGGAUUAUGACAUCUGCGACUCUUGUUUCAUACCCUAUAGGUGUUGUAAUCGAAGUAGGAGAGUCCUGUGCUUCUACAAGGUCUGAGUCUUUUGUAAAGUCCCACAUUACUGGAACACAAGACGCUGUUACAAAUUUAGGGACUCCUGUUAUUUCUUCCUCAGCUCUGAAGACGCCCGAACUUCAACUUAAUAAGACAGAGAUAAACAGUGUCAAAAAGCCAGAGGAACAGAAUACUUCGAGUUUGAUGUAUACCGAAUCUCCGGUCUUAAGUAGAAACGCGACCUUAAGCAGUGGGCUGAACUUGACUUCCGAUCCAAGAAAAGCAGGAGAAAUUUCCAAAGCUUCCCCUGUCUCUCCGAUUGUGGUGGGAUCUCCAUCAACUAGCUUAGAGAAAACAGCUGCAAAGUCUUCCAAAACAAAAUCUGAGCGUAAACCCAGGCGAACACCUAAAUCUGUAGGAAAAGAGACUUCUAGAAAAGGAAAUUGUGUAAAGGGGGUUACACCUGUUCAACAUUUUCAGAGUGCAGGCAACGCCAUUGCUAUUAUUCAGAGUUCUGCUUCUUCUAUUCAAAUCACACAAUCUACUAAGAAGCAUCAAAGUCUUCAGACCCCUGUUCUUAAUUCGUUCGGGACCCUUUCAGCCCCCACAGCUAGUCUACCAGAUCUGAAUUCUUCUACUCUCUCAAGAAUUUUGCAUCGACCUUUCACUGACUUGCAACAAGUGCAACUACGUGCUCAGAUUAUUGUGUAUGGGGGUCUGAUCCAAGGGACAGCACCCGAUGAAGCUUAUAUGAUAUCAGCAUUUGGUGGUGCAGAUGGUGGGAGGGGAAGUUGGGAGAAAGCAUGGCGUGCUUGUGCUGUAAGGGCUCAGAGAAUGCGUAUUUCUAGUCCUGAAACGCCAUUGCAAUCACGUGCAGGGAAGACAGAGACGCCGUCAAUGAGUCACAGCAGUAGCAAACUUAGUUCAGUGGGAAAAUCCAUAAUUCCGCUCUCAUCACCUUUAUGGAGUUUGUCAACUCCCCUCGAAACUUUACAAUCAAGAAGCAAUCAGAGAGGUUCAGCUGCUGCACCACUGCCUUCUUCAUCGCAUGCUCUUCAAGCUGCACCAGUUACGAAUAUUGGACAUAAUACGGCUUGGAUGUCCCCUCUCCCUUACUCCAACCCUUGGCUUGCUUCUCCGCAGACCAGUGGGUUCGAUGUUGGUUCUCGGUUCCCCGUUUUCCCGAUCACCGAAUCUGUAAAGUUGACACCCACAAAAGAAUCGUCCUUGCCUUACUCUGUCGGUAAGCAUGUUCUGAGUGGAACUUCUGGCAAUGUUUUCAAAGGGACACAAACAUUUGAGCCAGCCAGUACAAUUGUUGCACCUUCUCAACAUUCCACUGGGACGAAAUCAAGGAAACGGAAGAAAAUGUCAGCCUCUGUGGAGUCUGAUCCAAGCAUUUUGAAUUCGCUGCAGCAGACAGAAGUAGUUGUCUCACCUCUUGUUUCUUUAUCAACACCUGUACAUGUUACAGCUGCUCCCGGUACUUUGGCUUCUAACGCAGGCACCCUGCCCAGUGUUGACUCCAUCUCUGCUGUCCCUGUGAACCUGGUAUCUACGUUCACCGGUAAGAAAAUGAAAUCGUCUUUGCAGUCCCCAAUUUUUGGUGGUAACCUUGUAUCUGAAGUGGAGCAGGGGUCUGUGUUGCCGGUAGAUACCAUUGAUAAACUUAAUGAGGCUAAGAUGCAUGCAGAGGAUGCUUCUGCUCUUGCUACUGCAGCCGUUAGUCACAGCGAAUAUGUAUGGAAGCAGAUAGAGCAACAAAGGCAUACUGGUCUCCAGCCAGAAACUCAAGGCAGAUUAGCUUCCGCUGCUGUUUCCAUAGCUGCUGCUGCUGCAGUGGCCAAGGCUGCAGCUGCUGCCGCUAAUGUUGCAGCUAAUGCGGCACUUCAGGCUAAAUUAAUGGCUGAAGAAGCAUCCCUUCCAAGUGUUUCUUAUCAGGGUACUGAUGUAAUAACUCAAGGCCAGGGGACUCCUGUUUCUGUCUUGAAGGGUGAAGGUGCAGUGGCCAGCUCCAGUCCGUUCCUUAGUGCUGCGAGAGAGGCGGCUAAGAAAAGGGUCGAGGCUGCGACAGCGGCCACCAAACUAGCUGAAAAUAUGGAUUCCAUUGUUAAGGCAGCAGAACUGGCAUCAGAAGCGGUUUCACAAGCUGGAAUACUUGUUUCAAUGGGCCAUCCUCCAUCACUCAAUAAGCUGGUGGAGUUGGGUCCAAGUAAUUACUGGAGGCAGCCUCAAGAAUCUGAGGAAGCGCAGCCCUGUAAAGUGGGUGUAUUAGAAAAAGAAACUGUGAUUACUAGUGAUAAAGCUUUUACUAGUCCUAGCACUAUGCAUACUGAGUUGGAUGCCUCUGUGAGAACGGCAGAUGGUCUAUCUGGUCUAGCCUCUGCCACUGGAAAUAAAACAAAUGGACAGAAGGGUCACGAAAAGCAAAUAAUGAAAACAACAAACGAUGAAUGCAUUAAGGAAGGUUCUCAAGUAGAGGUUUUCAAGGAAGGACCUGAGUUGAGAACUGCAUGGUACUCUGCCAAUGUAUUGAGCUUAGAGGAUGGGAAAGCUUACGUGCUGUUCAGUGACCUUUCUGUAGAACAAGGUACAGAUAAGCUGAAGGAGUGGGUAGCCCUCAAAGGUGAAGGUGAUGAGGCCCCGAAGAUAAGAACUGCUCGUUCUAUUACGGCCGUGCCAUAUGAAGGAACCAGGAAGAGACGUAGAGCUGCCAUUGGGGAUCAUGUUUGGAAAAUUGGGGAUAGAGUAGACUCGUGGGUCCAUGACAGUUGGUUGGAGGGUGUUAUCUUGGAGAAGAACAAAAAGGAUGAAAAUACAGUGACUGUGCAUUUUCCAGCACAAGGAGAGACUUUGACUAUCAAAGCUUGGAAUCUUCGUCCUUCUCUUGAAUGGAAAGAUGGAAGGUGGAUUGAAUGUUCUACGUCAGGAGAAAAAAUCAGCUCGUCACAUGAGGGUGAUACUCCAAAGGAGAAGCGGCCUAGACUAGGAGUUACUGCUCCUGUAGCUGAAGGAAAAGACACGAAAAUGAAGAUCGUUGAUGAUCUGGAUUUAGGUAAACCGUCUCAGGCUGGUGUUCUUGACCUCGGUGUUUCAGAGACUACAUUUAACAUCGGGACAAGUAGAGAGGAAGGUAAUCGUGGUCCACUCCGAAUGAAGAGAACCGGUUUGCAAACGCAGGGAGCAAAAGUGAUUUAUGGUGUCCCUAAACCUGGAAAGAAAAGGAAGUUCAUGGACGUGAGCAAACACUACGUUUCAGAGGCGAGCAAUAAAACUGGUAAACAGAAGGAACCAGCUAAGCCUGUGAAGCCAGUUGUCCCCCAAAAUCCAGGACCAGGGAGCUGGAGACUGCCUUCAAAACCGAGAGAGAAACAGACAACAACAUCGAAGCCCAAGACUUUCAAACCUGCGCCCAAGACCAAGGAGAAACCGGUUGCGGCAUCUAGGGUAAUCCCUCGCAAGGACUCGCGUAGUACAACAGCCUCGAAUAUGGAAUCUGAAGAUGCCGUUGGACAGAGUGGAGAGAACAAAGAUCCUGCAUCUGGAAAAACUUCAUCUUCCCAAGGCCAAGAUAGUUCCUCCUCGAGCACUAUUGGUAAAGGGAAAGUGGCUCCUACUGCUGGGAGGUUAGCCAAGAUUGAAGAGGGCAAGACGUUGGCUGAACCAUCAGAUGGAAUGGAACCACGUAGAUCUGUCCGCAGGAUUCAGCCAACUUCUAGACUACUUGAAGGUCUGCAAUCGUCGAUGAUGACCUCGAAGAUUCCUUCCAUUUCACACAGCAGAAGUCACCAAAGUCAAAGCAGAAAGCAAGUAGGUGAUGGAAGGAGCAAAAGCUAAGUGCACAUAUAAACCUAAAGAGGCAGUCUGCUGUUUUAGGCUGUCCUACAUUUUUAAUUUCGACCUAUGAGAAAAAUACUUUCGUUGUUGGUUUAGGGGAGAGAUGAUAUGUUAUUGUAGGUGUGCUUUUGAUUUCUCUGUCUAUAAGAUGAAUAAGUUUAUUCGUGACAUUGUUGUAGGAGCAAAACAACAGUUUUAUUAUUGCCAAGUAUCACUAUCUUC